AUGGCGUCCUCCAAGGUGGCUGCGCUAAUUGAUGUCAUUGAUUGCGACGUAGAUCAUGAGCUGAACGCAGAAGACGGAGAUGCCGAGUUCGGUGGACACGAGGCACGGCAAAGGCUAGAACGCCAGCUUGUGCGUAAGAUCGACUUGCGCAUGUCGGUUCUCAUAGUCAUCUAUACUUUGAACUAUAUGGAUCGUAACAAUAUCGGUGCGGCACGACUGCGGGGAUUGGAGGCUGAUCUGGGAUUGAAAGGCCAAGAAUAUGCGACUCUCCUGUCCAUUCUCUAUGUUGGGUAUAUGAUAAUGCAAGUGCCCUCCAAUAUGGUUCUCAAUCGUCUUGGAAAGCCUUCGUUAUACCUGCCGACGUGCAUGGUCAUCUGGGGCGUGAUCUCCAUUUUGACAGGAAUCACCACAGACUUCAUCGGCGCGCUCCUCGCCCGUUUCUUCUUAGGCUUCGUCGAAGCAGCCUUUACACCCGGGGCCCUCUUUCUUCUCAGCAAGUGGUACAAGCGCAACGAACUCGGCACACGCAUAGCACUGCUGUACUGCGGGUUAUUCUUAUCGAACGCCUUUGGCGGGCUCUUGGCCUCAGGCAUCCUCGAUGGGAUGGACGGCAAGCUCGGGCAGGCCGCCUGGCGGUGGCUUUUCUACAUCGAGGGCUCGCUCACCGUCUUCGUAGCCCUCUGCGCCAUGUUCAUCCUCCCCAACUUCCCAUCCACUACGCGCUGGUUGAGCGAAGAGGAGCGCCGCCUAGCGAUGACGCGCAUGGAAGAGGACGUGGGCGUAGGGGACGAAGGUGAGACCGAGGAGGGCACACGCGCCGGUGGAUUGCGGCUAGCCCUGGGGGACUGGAAGGUAUGGUGGAUGGUCCUGGCGACGACAAGCUUCAACGUCGCCUUGAGCUUCAAUGCUUACUUCCCCACGCUGAGUGCUACGAUGGGCUUCAAUUUGACCGUCACGUUGCUCCUCUGUGCCCCACCGUUCAUGUUGGGUGUGAUCAUAACAUUCGCCAUCUCCAGACAUUCUGAUAUAACUGGCGAGAGGUUCUAUCAUAUCUCGCUGCCCAUAUUGGGCAGCGUAGCUGGCUUUGUGAUCGCUCUGUCCACAAUGAACACUGCCGCAAGAUACGUCUCCCUUUUCCUGAUGGCUCAGUCAUACGCUGGCUUCGUGGUUCUCUAUACAUGGGUCAGCAGCUCCUUUCCUCGGCCGCCAUCAAAACGAGCGGUAGUGUUCGCGGUCGUGAACGCAUUCUCGCAGCUAGGGAACAUCGCUGGCUCGUAUGUCUGGCCAAGCGCAUGGGGCCCCACAUACCGCAAGUCUUACGCUAUAUGCAUCUCGACUGCGGGCUGCACGAUUGCAAUGUGCUACAUCUUCAAGCUGCAUCUCGCCCACCUGAACAGGGAACUUGAAAGGGAGGAAGCUAAGAAGGGUGUGAAAGAAAAGGGCUUCCGCUAUCUCCUUUGA